GCGAAAUGAAUAAAUAAACAAAUAAAGGGAGGAAGUUCACUAUUUUCUCAAAAGAAAAAAGUGGAUGCCAAAACCUUUUUGGGCCGAAUGAAAAUCAAUCAUUCUCAGCACAACAACCCAAUUUUGCUAUCAAAUAACUAUCAUCAUCUCCAUCAGAGAGGAGUAUUUUGGGAGAAAGGAGGUGCGAGUGCAGGUGUUUUCAUUCUGUGAUACUGGUGAAUUAAACAUACGCUGCUCAGUUCUCAGAUUAAAGCAUGGAUCCAGAAGCUGCAAGAACUGCACGAGAAUCUCUAGAUCUUGCAUUCCAUAUGUCAAAUAUACUCGACACAGGUCUAGAUCGUCACACACUUUCUGUUCUUAUUGCCCUUUGUGAUCUUGGAGUCAAUCCUGAAGCACUUGCUGCUGUUGUCAAGGAACUAAGGAAAGAGAAACCAUCUUUGUCAUCCUCGCCUCAUGCAGCUCCAUCUUCUUUUUCAUAAAUUGGUUUUUGAUUGGAUAUCAUUCUAUCUAUGCUUGCUCAAAGAUUCAUCCUGUUUUUCUGUGCUUGAUUUGGUUUAUUGAAUUUCUUUAUAUGCUUUGCUAUGGGUUUCGUUUGAUAUGUAGUGGCAUUGUUUUAGUUCAAAAUUGAUGUGUGUAUUGGAACAUAUAUGCAAUUAGAAAUGCAUGUUCAA